UUUUUGUCCAUGGUGAAGUAAUAUGAAUCAUUAGAAAAGGCCAACAUAACUGUCACAAUGCCCGAUUAAGAGGAGGAAUAAUGAGCACGAGAGGCAGUAAGUUGGUAUCAGAAAUACAAGAACGAUAUUUGGAAUGCAGCAUUUGUACAGAGAUAUUUGACGAACACGAACGUAUACCUAAACUUCUUCCAUGUCUUCAUACAUUCUGCUUGGCAUGCCUCAAAACACUGUACAAAAAAGAUCGAAUAAAAUGUCCCACCUGCAACGGCUUAUAUAAGUUAACUAAACGAGAAUUUAACGAUCUUCCUAAAGAUAAUACCCGACGUGACCUGACGUCAUUCAUUAAAGUCAAAAGUAGGCCUGACAAUGAGUGUUCAUAUUGCGGAAACCGUGUAAACGAAUUGUUUUGUUGUUAUGACUGUGACAUAUGCUUUUGCUUUAAAUGCUGCAAAGUGCACAAACAAAACCAUUCAUCGCAUAACGUGCAAGGAUUGAAGGAAGAAACAUCCGAUGUUUGUAAAAUUGCUGGACAUGACAAUAGUCCUCUGAAAUAUUUUUGUAAGGGCCCUUUAUGUGAAACAGUUAUAUGUGCUAAUUGUGCCUUAUCCGAUCACAGAGAUCAAGGGAAACACUACUUAGAAGAUGUGAAACAAACUAUUGAUCAACGCAAAGAUCGAUUAAAGACAUCUGUUGCAGCUCUGAGAAGACAAAUAAACACAGUGAAAGUCAUAGAGAAGACUUGUGAAGAAAAAGAUAUUUCCUUGCGAAAAGAAAAGGAGAAGUUCUGCACAAAUGUAGAACGAAUCUAUAAUGACGCAGUACAAGCGUUAAAUUCCAAAAAAGAACUCAUAGUCCAGAGUUACAAGAAAUUGGUUAAAGGACAGGAAGAAAGUAUUAUAAUCACACAAGAAAGAACUUCCCCUUAUAUUCAAAACGCUGAGGAAUGCUGUAAUAUAACCGAAAGACUACUCUCCGAUAAUGGAAUUAAAUCGUUUCUUGCAGUUGACAAAACUUUGAAUAAUCGUAUCCAGGAAUUCGUAGAUAAAUCCUUUGAAAAUUUUGACUUUAAUGACAAAGCAGGUUUACACUCUUUACACGGAGACGUCACGUCAUUUGAGCAAUCUGUUAAAGGCCUUAGAGACUCCAUGAAAACUUCACAAUCGGGUUGUCUAUAUGGUUAUGAUUUCCCUAAAGGUAUUCUAAAGAAGCGUUUUUCUUGUCCUGAACCAAAGAAAAUUUUGAAUAUAGCUAUCAGAACUGUGAAGGGAGUGUGUGCUUGCCUUUACGACACAUUUGUUAAGGAACCCGAGCAAGAGACGUUUCUUGAUAGGCUGAAGCGAACAUCCAAAGUGUUCAUCCCAAUAUUUAUUCUGCUUGCAAUGGCAUUUCAACCAGCGGACUUGUUUAUUUCAAGUAAUUAUUUUUUGGUUGCAAAUUCCACGUUCAAUACUAAACCGAAAAGCUCAUUUGUAUGUAGAUCAUUUGACAACAAAACAGUUUCAACUAUUCCAUAUAGUUAUAGCCGGACAUGCGGUUCGAAAGAUACUUUUUUCAAAUACAAAGGUGUCUUCGUGGACAGAGAAUUUAUACGUUACAAAUCGCAUACUUUGGACUUGGUUGUGAGAUUUCAAGAACAUUUCUUAGCAGAGAGUGAUUAUGAAGGACUUUUUCUAUUUGAAUUUGGUAUGACACCUAAAAGUAUUAACACAGAAUACCUCUUUGAGAGUAGUAUUAUAACUCUUACUGCGUACAGCUGUAGAAAUAUGUAUAGUGUUUGUAUAAGCAUUGGUAAUGGUCGAAAUAACCCACUACCAUUAGACAAAAUUUUUGUUUCCGAGGGAAAUUCUAAUUAUAUGAAAGGGAAGUUCAGUAUUCGAAUUCAACCAGAAAGGGGAAUUAUAUCGUUUUUUUCUAAAACAGCUGAACCAAUCCUGUUGUACAAAUUCACAAAUGUUUUAAUAGAAUCUUCAUUGUUUGGAGUGUUUGCCUUGUAUGAAGGAGAAAAAAUAUCUGUCUCAAUGUCUUUGUCUACUGACAAUAGUAUUCAGUUUGAUAGAUCUACUCUGCAUCCAAGUUUAUACAUUUCAUCUGAUAACAAAACAUUUUCCAACCGACCAACAUCUUAUACUAGACUUAACGAAAGGAAAGACAACAGAUAUGUCUACGCGGCUCCAUUAUUAACUGCCUCACAUGAACACAUAUAUACUGUUGUGAACAUCGAGUUUACCCAUAUGGACGGUUUAAAACAUGGAACAAAAAUGUUUGAAAUCGGAGUUGGGAGUAACAAAAACAAGAAGCUCUAUGAAGAUUUGAAAUUUGAAUGCUUCAUAUGCAGAACAACAAGAUAUCGGAUAUUUGACGGUUCUGGAUAUUGUUUACAAAGCAAAGAUGGCCUUACUAUAAUUAGACAAAAUUUUAGAAUUAUCAUGCAUUACCACAUUACGAAAAAUAAAUUAAGCUUCCAUAUUCCGAAUACUGAAGGAGGACGCAGUUAUUAUAUCUACACAUAUACGAAUUUUGAUUGGGUUCUUCCAACCUUUUAUAUUGGCAAAAUGGAUUCACUAGACAUAACAGCAUCGUGGACAAAAGAUGUUCUUCUAUAUGACUUAGCACAGUUAUUAUUUUCAGACUGGUAUUAUACAUAAAUUAGACAUAAAUCAACAACUUAAAUCGCUUUUGUAAAAUGCAGGAAUAUGAAAAAUAAUUUUAAUAAGAAACGAACCCAUUUGAUUUCCAAAUUGCAACUAAUUAUUUUAUUUGUAAUAAGGAACAUAAUUUUCGGUAAUUUUAUAUUUCAUAAUAUACGUUAGUUUGUCAAGCAACAUUGUAGGCAUACACAAUUGAUGAAUCUUAACCAUUGUUAUGACGUCAGCCUAUUCAUUUACUGUGAAUCCUUUUUCCUAAAUUUGUCGGUUAAAAGGACUCACGAAAUUAUAAACAAUUAUCUAAUGUACCAGGUUUUUAAUUUGAUCGGCCACACGCGCGUUUCGCCUACACGAGACUUAUCAGUGAAGCUCAGACCCAACAAAUAGAAAGCCAAACAAGUAUAAAAUUGAAGAGCAUUGAGGACCCUUAAUACGGCUAAGGUAAUCCAUGCAUAGGAUAAGAAAAUCCUUAGUAUUUCUUAUAAUUCAUACUUUUGCAAACAAUUUAUUUAUAAAAAUGACCAUACAAUUGAUAUUCAUGUCAACACCGAAGUGCUGACUAUUGGGCUGGUGAUACCCUCGGGGACGAAACGUCCACCAGCAGUGGCAUA